AUGCUUAUCGGAGUUUGUGGAGGCAUCUGUGCGGGCAAGUCCUCUAUUGCCUCCUACCUCAUCGAACGACAUGAGUUCAAGCGCAUUCGUCUUGCUCGCAAUGCCUCUACUCCCGCCGUAGAAAAGUCCGCCUCGAAUGCACAUGUCCCCUCCGAGCCCGAAUCCGCAAACGACGCCUUGUUAUUCCCUGACAUCAACUCCCUCCUUGAUUUUGUGACCCGGCGUUGGCGAGAGAGAUGGGUGACAACGGACAUUUGGGACAAUGAUGUGGUGGAUGCCCUACUGAAGCGUCCCUUCUUCCUGUUAAUCAGUGUGGACGCUCCAGUGAGCGUGCGGUGGGAGCGGUUCAAGGACAGAUGCGCGAGAAACGGGCUGACUCCCCCGUCCCUCGAAGACUUUGUACUACGUAACGACUCCCAUCAGUACACGCCGGGGACUGGAAUGAGUGCCUUGAUCCAAAGAGCUCAGCUCAAGCUCCUCAAUUCUCCCACCUCCAUCCCUGCGCUCCACACGGCGCUAGACUUACUCGACCUCACCAACGACGGUAGGCUGCGGCCCAGCUGGGAUCAAUAUUUCAUGCGGCUCGCGGAUUUGGCUGCGCACAGAAGCAAUUGCAUGAAGAGACGCGUCGGCUGUGUCAUUGUUCGCGCGAAGCGGGUGAUAAGUACUGGCUACAAUGGGACUCCUCGAGGAAUGACAAACUGCAACGAGGGCGGAUGUCCCAGAUGCAACAGCGCCUCUCGCGCCGGUGCGGACUUAUCAACAUGUCUUUGUCUUCACGCAGAGGAGAACGCUCUUCUGGAGGCUGGUCGCGACCGGAUAGGAGAAGGAUCCAUCCUUUAUUGCAACACGUGCCCCUGCCUCACAUGCAGCGUCAAGAUAACGCAGGUCGGGAUCAGCGAGGUCGUAUAUAACCAGGGUUACUUGGUAGACACCAAGACAGCAGAGAUAUUUGCAGAAAGCGGAGUACGCUUGCGCCAGUUCGUCCCGCCCAGCGAAGGUCUUGUAGAUCUCUCCGUAGGCACUCCCGUCGAAAAUGGGUCGCGAGCGUUUACUACACUUGGAGACAUACGGGAGAUUCUGGACGAUGCAAACUUUGUUCGGCCUGUCUAA